AUGCAAAACAAAAACCUGCUUGGAGUUUCCGAUCAGCAACAAAUCGGUCGAUCACGAAAAUCCUCUGCCGUCGAUCAAAUCAUCAACCGACAAGGAAACAAGGAAAGUUUAUCAUCACUUUUAAAUUCAAGCACUCCGAGUAGGUUUACAGUUGCUGUUUCGUCGUCUCCGAAUUUUUCAACGAGUCCCUUGACGACGAAUCCAUUUCUAUCUUCGUCUGGAGAACAAUUUAAUGGUGCUGUUGGGGAUGAGUAUAAUAUGGAUGGAAAUGUUGGAGAGAAUGGACCUAGUUUGGCAACGAGUCCUUCGGUUUCGAAUAAUGGAUUUUUAAAUUCGUUUAGUGGAGGAAAUAGUGGAUAUAAUAGUGGUAUGGCAAAUCUUUUUGGGAAGUCGGCAAAUUUGGGAUUUGAUUCCGAGGAGAAUGUUUUUAUUUCAAUUAUUAAAAAAUCAUCACAACAGAAUGCCAUUGAAAGUAUUUGUAGAUUAUUGGAAACUCCACAAGAUUUGGAGAAAUUGGACGAUUUGAAAAAUUCUACUGAAAAACAAGUGGAAAAACUUCAAACCCAAUUAACCAAUUUGGCGGGAACUCAAGUUGAAGAAGCAGAUCAGGCCAUUAAUUUGAUGGGAAAAAUCAGAGAUGAUUUAAAUGUAAAAUUAAAUGAAAAUACCGAAAAUUCCCUAUUUAACAUGAUGAAAGUAUUGGGAGAAAAUAAUAGACAACUCAUCGAUGAUUAUCAUAUUGUGAGUGAAGUAUUGUUGGCACACAACAAUAUUAAAAAGACAAUUGAGAAAUUGGAAACAUUGACAGUUUUGAGAAGGAAAUUGAGAAAGAUUAAAGCAAAAUUGAGUUACCAUGAUGAUCAAUAUGUACUCAGUGCUCACUCUGAUAUCAUUCUAUUGGAGGAAAUUAAGGAUGACGCUCUCAGAGAAGUUAAAGCCAAAGUCACACGUUCUGAUUAUAUUGACAUUUUCGAGGAUUAUUUCCACAUGAUUGAUGAUAUAAGAACUCGUUUUGAAGAUUUAUUGUGGAUGCGUAUUGCUGACUUGGAAUAUACAGCUGAGAACGAACCCGAAACUGUGGUAAGAAUUGCAAGAAUGAUCGAUAAGGAAGAAGAAAGAGAUCAACGUAAAUUAGUGGAAUACGAUGAAAGACUCGAAGCUCUCAGAAAGAAGAAAAAGAAUAAGAGAUCAGAUGAAGACGAUAUCCAUGAAAGUUCUGUACUUGAACCUAAAUUGAGAAGAAUGAAAGAGGAAUUCUUCAAGAGACUUCGUCAAUCAGUGAGUGACAAGUUCAAUGAAGCAGUUUAUGCCACCGAAGGGAGAAAGAGUGUCGAUGAAAAGAUUAAUGAUUUGACAACCUUAUUGGGUGAAAAAUUGAAUAUUGGUGUUACUAGAUAUGUGUCGACAUGCUUCCCUUCCUCUUGGAAGAUUGUUCCAUUCCUUGCCAGUGCCUAUGAGGAAGAGUUGGUAAAAUACAUUGAAGGAUUGGUAAAUCCAAAGAGUGCCAGUUACAAUACUCUUGGUAUUGGUGACAAACUCAAAGUUAUCAAUUGGCUCGAUGAUUAUAAGAAUUUAGUGGAUGAAGUCACUACCAAUCCAAGAUCAUUUGAAAAUGAAAAGAAACAACUCAUUGGAGAUUAUAUCAGUACUAGAUCCAGUUUUAUGAUUGAAUAUACCAAUAGUACAGUUUCUUUGGACUUUAGAGAUUUUGAGAAUAUUCCGCUCAAUGCCAACAUUAGAGGUUAUCCAUAUACUGCUGCCUGUGUUGAAGUAUUUACAUUUAUCAAUCAGCAAUUGGAUGAAUUGAUGGAAACUGAAAUUCCAGAAGUGAUUCCACCAUCUAUGGGUGGUUUGAAAGCCUCACUCAGAUUCUUUAUUGACACCUCCUUUGAAAAAGUUGAGGAAAAUAUUGAGGAUAUUCCACUUGUUGUCAUUUGUGCUCUCAUUAACAAUAACACUACCAGUAUUGACUACUUGAAAGCAGUGGUUGAGAGAAUUGAACACUUACUUGUGGAAGACAAUCUCUUCGACUUGGAAGAUCAAUUCAAAAAGAAUGGAUACAAAAUGGUCGACUUGUUAUGUGAACGUGUCAUUAUGGCCGAUGUUAAGGAUUUACUGAAUGAAUUAUUUACAGAAAAUUGGAUGGUUGUUCCUUUGGAAGAAAAACUCGAAAAGGAGGAUUUGAUUGUUGUUCUGAGAGAUGCACCAGUUUACAAGAUGGUUGAAAUGAUCUUUGAACCAUAUUAUAAGGAAUUGGAGGAGGAUUUACUUGAGGCAGAAUACAGAGAUCACCUCACUGAAAAACUUGCCGAAAUAUUUGUUGGAAAAUAUAUGGAGAAACUCUUAUUCAAUAAGGUACAUUUUGAUGACCCAAUUGAUGCCUCCAAUCAAAUGAAGGAAGAUAUUAGAAUUAUUAAGAGAUUCUUCACUGCAGAAUAUAAUGCCAAGGAAGACGAUGUUGAAUAUUCGGCACAGAGAAUGGAUGUGGAUAUGUUUAGUAUGAAUUACUACGAACCUAUGAAGAGUAUCUUUUUAAUUUUGAAAGCUCAAACUCCUGAAGAUGUCAUGAAAAACAUCAAGAAAUUAUUAGAAUUAUAUAAGGACGUUUCUCUCGACUUGUUAUAUAAUAUUCUGCACCUCAGAGGGGAUAUUCCUAAAAAGGAUAAGCAAGAUAUUGAACUACGAUUGGAAACCAUGUACGAUGAAUAUCUUGAAAAUCCGAAUCCAGAUGCACGUUUGUCACUAUUUGGUAAAAUUGAUAAAACUCCAGAAUCAAAGAAAAGAAAAACAAAGAAUCAGAUUUCUAAAAAGGGUGAUAAGAAUGAUAAGAAUGAAAAAUCAGAGAAACAAAACGAAUCUCAAACCACCAACAAGAAAGAUCCAAAACUCGAAGUACCAGAUGGAGCAACCAGUUUAGGCGAUUUACUUGGAGAUGAAAAAUUGGAUUUCUCAUUCGAUGAGGAUGACGAAGAAGAUUAUGAAGAAGAUGAAUAA